UUUGUAAACAACAACAAAUCUGUCAGACCUGGGAACGAGACAGACGGAACGAGAUUACCAACAUGGCCGCGUGCUGAGCCCCCCUCCCACAUGUCACAGUCUUUGUGCAGGCAAAUGUUAAACCUGUGGUAAUUCUUGCACAAAAAUCGGUGCUGCAAAACUCGGAAAAUGUCUAGUGAAGAGAACUCUCUCUCCCCGCUGAGGAUCCCGUCCAGAAACCCAUCGCCGCCCCCUGCGGAGAUGCUGGGAGAGGGCGUGGAUCUCCAUGCCGACAACAUCGGAGACACGGCCUACAGCAAACACUGGUUCUUCACUACGUUAAUGAACCUCAUUCAGGAAGUAGAGAAGAAAGACCAGACUGAAGUGAAGAAAGAGGAAGAAGCAGGGGCUGCUGGGAUUGAUAUUGAUGAAGAGUUGGAAGAUGAGCUAUGCAAACUGUGGGACAUGUCCAUUAACAAAGAUGUUGCACGAUUCCUACAAGAGUUCCAUGCAGUAAACAUCCUGAUGGGAGUCAUCAACAAGUCUCGAGCUCCCAGGGUCACUGAAAUCUGUGUAGGGAUCCUGGGCAACAUGGCAUGCUGUGAUGAAAUCUGUCAGGAGAUCAGUAACAAUGAAAAACUGGUAGAUGUUAUUCUAGUUCUGCUGGAGGACCCAGAUGCACCCACACUUGUAGAAGCAAUAAGGUUAAUCCACACCUGUGUUUCCAACAAAGACGUCAGAACAAACUGGCUGAGUCCCAUGAAGAAGGGUAGUGCAGUCUACAGUGCCAUUCUCUUUAUGUUACAGAGUUCUACCAAUGUUGACUUGUUACAUAACCUGAGCUCCCUGCUGGACCUGUUACUGGAUGUGGAUGAAGAGUUGCUGGUUGCCUGGGCGACGCCUGAGUUUGUACAGGGGUUACACGAGGCCAUCAAACAGGCAGGUGAAGAGAAGGAGCUGACUGUAGAUUCAUACCUACACUGUCUACAACUGCUGUCAACUACAGAAAACGGAGUGCAGGCUUUAGUUGAAUGUACAGGUGUGCUGUUCCCCCUGCUGACAGCUCACAUAUCCCGGGUGUGCAGUGAGGAUGUCAUUGCGGUAGGAGGGAGGGAGAGAAGUCUGGCCUCCGCCAUGUCUGUACUCAACGUGCUGUUUUCUUCAGCUGGGGAGGAGGGACUAGUUCUACUGGAGAAAAACUCCAGUUGUGUUGAGUGUGUCAUGCAGCUGUUUGAGGUCAUCCAGGAAGACCGCAGGACCAGUAUGACCCUCGCUGCAGCGGGAGCAAGUUGUAAAUCCACUCCAGUUUCCACUCCACGUUCCACCAGGCACAGAACUGAAGACAAAACUGAACCUGAUGUGAACAGGACAGGCACCAGAACUUGUGCAGAGGGCAGCCCUAGAACAGACUCCAGUCAGUCCCAGGAUGUAGAGGCUAGCAGUUCAGAGGAUCAUGGCAAAUCCCAAGAUCCUUUGCCAGUUGUGAGGAACUUGAUGGAAGUACAUAUGCUGUACAGUGUGACGGUCGAAUUCUUGGCAGACAUAGUCAAGGCACUGCCAAAGGGUGAGAGCCAAGUUGCUGGAUAUCUGAAUGGCUGUACAAGAGACCAGAUAGAAAGUAUGGUACUGGCACUGCAGGAUCACACUGAUGACACACUGAUUCCUCAUCUAGAAGAAGUUUUGUCUGGCUCGGAGGACAAGUUCCCACGUUUGGCAGCUGCAAUAGGAAUGGAUGCAAGUUAGACCUCUUAACAUCACAAACUGUCUGCAUGGCCAUGGGUUUGCUGAUUGGUAUCUUUGUGCCAUCAAAUGAACAGUUUCCCUGUGAUUGUAGCCUAGUUUUGUUAU